AUGACGACGCGCUGGAGCCGAGGGGUGUUGUGGCUCGUAGCAUCUUUGGUUGGGACGUGGAGAGCGCUGUGGUGUGUGAAAGUCGGGAUACGGGGGCAAGAGCGGGAAGGAUGGGCCGCGCAACGCGAACUUGGGCGAGCUCAGUCUGCGAGCGCGAAUAAAAUGAUCGGCCGGAAAGGAGAGCCGUGCGAUCGCGACAAGGUUCGCCUCCUCUCCACUACUCUCAGCUUCAACGUCGCACGGCGGGGCCAGCCGUCGUACGACCGAUCAACCGAGGAGCCCCACAUGAACGGCCACCAUCAAAAGAGGUCGCACAGAGCUGCAUUGACAGCCGAGAAAGCCUACUACUCUUCGGGAACGACGACGACGACCGCUUCACACGACCACGAUGACGACAGCAAGGGUCUGCACAGCAAGCAGCAGUCCAAGUUGGCUCAUGCUUUGUUGAGACUACCCUCUAUCGACGAGGUCGGUCGCUGGGUAAUACAUCCCUAAUCUCCAUUCGAGUGCUAAUACCCACAUUCCGAUUCCGACUUGCAGCUCGAGAUCAUUCACCCCCUGGGCGCCGCUCUCCCGCUCGAACUCGAGCAGAUGAUCCACCAACAAGCCUAUUUCUACCAUCUCACUCGACUCGAUCUCUCGCACUUGCUCCAACCCCAGUUCAUGAACGACUAUAUCCGCAAAGGUCAGCUUCAGCUUCGAGAGCGAGAGAGAGAGCGGAUCAGAUCGACAUCGUGUGCUGAAACGCUCCUCUUCGUGUGGUCGAUCAUCUAGGGAGUUUGAUUGCGCUUUCGAUACCUACUCGGUCAAAAGAUGAUGCGCAAGGGGAUGUCCUAGCCAUCGAUGGUAGAGGUGAGCCCCUUUGGCUGCUCCUUCUCGGCGGAAAAGCUGAUUCGAAUCCUCUUCAAUUUCCCAGGUCGACUGAUCCUGAACGUCAGUAAACACACGUACGAAACCCUCGGUCUAACGGGCAGGAAAUCACGUCAACUCGCUUCCGCGACGGGACAACGAUUCGGUACGUUCCCUCGGAUCCAGGCCCCCUGAGCGAACCAACGCCAUCCCACUCAUUUCUCCCCCGCUUAACUUCUUCCCCCCCAAAAAACAGUCAUCGAGCUCCCACUCUCCUCCCCCUCCAACGUCUGUGGGAAACCCGGCUUUGAGCGCAUCAAAUCCCGUCUCGGCAAUUGGCCUACAAGAAGUCGUACGGAUCUGUUCGCCCAAUUGGACGGAGUGGCCAGUUUCGAACGGAGUGGGAAAGAGGGCGGUAAGAGGUGGGAUGUGCUGAUCUGUUUUGUCGGGGACGAUGGUGAGUUGGGACCUUCUUCGGGGAAUUGGGUUUGAGCGGUCUUGUGAGAGAGACUGAUGAGCUUAUUCGUCGUCGCGAAUAGGUUCGCUCCAACCGAUCGACUUUCCCCCUUCCCUGCUAGAAGCAGGCACUCGAAUCAAGCGCUGCACAGCAAAUCUUACAAGGUCAACGAUCAGAACUUUUCUACCGCCCGAAGACUGCCUAUCUCCACCCUUCGGAUCCUCCGCACCAAAGGCUAGCGUCAACCAGAAACGUCGGAAACUCAUGACACCGUCCGGAAUCCCUACCAAGCGUUUCGAAGAGAGGACUUUGACGUUGGCGAAGGAAGUGGAGGAACGGACGAGAGGGAUGAGGGAGUGGAUUGGGAGUGUUAGGUUGGGAGAUGCUGGGUUGAGGGGGUUGGAAGAGGAGGAGGAGGAGGAGGAGGAGGAGGAGGGGAGGGAGGAGGUGGAUGUGACAGUGCUGAGAUGGACAGGCUUCUUUCAUCCUUUCGCGAUGAAAAGGAUUCUAGAAGCGCUCCUUAGGGCGCAAUCCUCGACGAUCCCCAAGGCCUCUACACCCUCGUCUACAUCACCACCCACCAUCUUCUCCCUCCUCACCACCCUUCACCACCCUUUCUCCCACCUCAAUAAAUGGGGCAAAGAACCUCUCGUGGGUACGAAUAAGAGACCUAAUGGGAAGAGGGUCAAGAGGGGACGUGGGAGGGGGGAGGAGGAAGAGGCCUCCUCGGAAGCUGGUGGAGGGGUGGACUUGGGCGAGGGUGGUAUGAGAGGGGUUGAGAUUUGGUUUGGGGGAAGGAAGGUGGGGAGCGAGAAAGAUAAUGAAGUGGGGUGGAGUUUAUGGGAAUGGCAGUGA